GGAGUGUAAACAAACGUUGCCAUGGCUGCAGACUGACUGACAUACGCCGCCUUGACAACAGUAGGCAUGAGUAGGACGCCUUUUGCUGAUAUAAACACAUUAUUACACCAUAAGAUUGAAAAACAUGCAGCGGCGGCGUCCAGGGACAGCAGGGUCACUGCGCUCCAGCUCAGCAGUGGGGGCACUGAGGGUGCGUCCCGGCAGUCGACCAGGCUCAGCCCGGGAGUGGUUUGAGGCAUACAACCACCGCAGGAAUGAAGAGGCCUGGCGGAUGGAGGAGUGGAAGAACACUGUCAACCUGUACAAGAGGAGAGAGUGGGAGGCUCAAUAUUAUAACGUCAUUGCCCAGCCAAAGAAGACUGUCUCUGAUGAAGAGGAGUGGAGAAGGAAAGAAGAGAAACAACAAAAACUGGAGGAAAGACGAACAAGACUAAGGGCUUUACUGCAAGAAGAUAAAAAGAAAUAUCAGGAGGAGAGAGAAAGGAAGUACAGAGAGUCAAGGCAUCACACUGCUCAUCAUCACUUUGUGUAUCCAGAGGUUGACAUGCUGAGAUGUCGUUUAGAAGACUUGAAGAAAAAGAACCAAGAAGAAAGAAAGAAGUUGUCUGAAGCUCUGUCAUAUGAAGCUUGGAGGAAAGGCAGCCCUCAAGUGAGACAGAUGGAGUCUGAGAGAUUCAGUCGCUUUGUACAAGAAGCUUGGGUGAACCAAAGGCAGUGGAAAGCUGAUGAGAAGGAAAGAAGAGCAGAAGAGGAAAAGAAGAAGGAAAAGGAAGCUCAGGAAAUACGUUGUCGCAUGGAAGAAGAAGAGAGGAAAGCAGAGGAGGAAAAAUUGAGCAAGCAGGCAGAAUGGAAAGUUCAGUUAGAGGCUCAAAUUGAAGAGAUUAAAGAAAGGGAGAGGAAGGAAGAGUUGUUAGCAGCUGAAGAAGUUGCCCUUGAGAAAGAAAAACUUCGGCUUCAUGAGAUUAGUCAGAGGCGAACCAGGAUGAAGGAAUUGAGACAGCGCAAAGAGCUGGAGUUGUUCUGGGCGCGUCAGUAUCAACUCAAGUUGAAGAAGCGUGCAGCAGACAUCCAACAGGAGCUCUUGGAGGAUGAGGCCAUUGUGGAGGACCUGUUACGUGGGCUGCCGCCUGAUGAUGCUGACCACCAGAUGAAGCAAAGAAGAGCAGAGGCCGAGUGGAUGAAGGCUGUGCUUGGCGAGCAGCGGCGGUUGGAGAUAUUAAGAGAGAAAGAGUAUGAACUACUUUUUAGUGAAGAAGCUGAGAGGAUGUGGCACAGGAGGCAGGCAGAGUGGGAGAAGGAACAAAAGGCUCGUGACAAGCUUAUGACUGAGGUCUUGCAAGGUCUUCAAAAGCAGGUUCAAGCAAAAUUCUCAAAAAAUAGUCAAGAUCGAGACUUGUUGGAUGCUGAGAAGUCAGCAUUACAGCGAAGCAUAGCAGAGACUCGUGAGAGGAUGCAUCUCCUGGAGGUGGAGGAAGCCGAAGGGAAGCAGGGGCAGAAGGACAGGUUCUCUGCUCCAAAGCCUUCUGAGAGAGCUCUCCAGGAGGCAGCAGCGUUGAGGAGGGACCGGGAGAUAGAGGAGCGGAAGUUGGAGGAGCACAGGCGUGAGAUUGAGCGGCUGGAGCAGGAGAUGCAGCGUCUUUGGGGCCCACAGUAUGCACCACCGCGCUAUGGCCGUAAAAAAUUUGCCUGGUGAGACGAGUCCUUGAUGAGAUGAAGAUGCUACAUGUCCCAGAGCAGCAUAUCCCCUGCCUGAGAGAGGUGCUUGUGCACAGCAUGGUGUGUUGUCAGCCCAUCUGUGUGCUGUAUGUGAGGUGAGCCUUUCUUAUCUCUCAUCAAGGUUUAUUAACUCAGCUGGUAUCUAUGCAGUUUUGUCA